AUCCGAACAAUAACAAUUACAAAUCCAAUCAUUAGAAGUAGUUGGGAAUUAUCGAGAGAUAACUUAAAAAUUGGAAAAUCAUUGGGGGCUGGAACCUUCGGAUUUGUAAGUAAAGCUUUAUUAAAUGGAACUGAAGUUGCUGUCAAACAGCAGAAUGACAGCACAAAAUUACUUAAAGAAGCCUUAUUAAUGAAGUUAUUAAAUCAUCGAAAUAUUCUGCAGUUUAUUGGUAAUUAUCAUAAUGAUAAUAAUAUUUUAAAAAACUCCCGGUUUAACCGUUAAAACAAAUGUUGGUGUUGGCAAUUUUGGGGUAAAAAAGACACUUUUAGAUUAUCGAUAUGAUUUUAAAGAAAUUCAUUUUUUGGGGUUUUUAUUUAUCCAAAUAAAUUUCGUUAAUUAGAUUUAAAUUCCGUUAGUUAUGAGAUUAUGUUUAUUAGAAGGAUGUCGUUGUGAUUAUUUAUAACGACACAUGUUUUUGGGGUAUGCUACAUGCAUGAUUAAAACAUACUUAUGUCAUGUCGAUAUAGUAGUGAAAAAUUGCUUAUAUUCUAUUCGGCAAGUUAAGGAGUACUUUUUUUUGAACAACCUGGCCCGUUCCCUGCUGGAUAGUAGUAGUACCAUUCCGCCAAAAUGCCAUUUACAUAUCUUUCCAUAAUCGUGCCUUUUUGGGGACUUUAUUUACACGAAAUUUGUUUUACUUAAUUUUAAAUUCACUUGCAUUUUAUUAAAUAUUUGACUUGAAAAUUAUUAAAUUUUAAUAAAUUUUGUUUUAAUUUUUGUUGCAAAAACAUUGAUUAUUUUUCUUAUUCUUAGCUUCUUUUUACUUUAUUAAUUUAGUUUUUAUAGUUUUAUAUUAUUUUAUUACAAAUGGCUUCAUCCGCUGAUCUCUCAGUAAAACAAAACCGGUCUUUUAUGCAAUUUGAUGCAAUGGAAAUGAAAAUAUAUACAUCAGAAGAAGUUAGGAAAAUUAGUGUAAUGGAAAUAACUAAAGCUGAUACUUUUGAUGAGGUAGGAUUUCCUACGCGUGGAGGCCUUUAUGAUCUUCGUCUGGGACCUUCUGAGGGCGUUUGUGAUACAUGUAGAUUGUCUGACAAUCAUUGUCCUGGGCAUUAUGGACAUAUUGAACUUGCAUUGCCUGUCUUUAAUCCACUUUUAUUUAGCUUUAUAAAUAAUAUAAUGAAGGCUACAUGUAUACAUUGCCAUCGGUUUACAAUUGACACAAAUUCCAUACCUACAAAAAUUUUAAUUGCAAAACUCCGAGCGAUAGAUUUUGGUUUUUCUGAAAUACUUGAAAGCAUUAGCGGCGAGAUUAAGAAUAGAAUUGUAAAUGGAGAAGCUAUAGGUGAAAAAAUUGAAUUAUUGGGAGAACAAGCAUUUCUUAGAGAAAUUGAUUCAAUCAUUGCAAAAUUAGCAAAUAUAGAUUCUGCCGAUUUUUUGAAUUCAAAAAAUUAUUUUAAUCAAAAUAUUUUGAGAAAUGAUUUAAAUGAAAAAGAAAUUUUGAUAAAAACUUUUUUAAAAGAAUUGUUAAAAAGAAAAACUCGAUGUCCAAUAUGUAAACGACCUAAUGGGUAUUUACGUAAUGAUUUUAAGAGAGCCUUUUUAUUGGAUUUUACGAAACAAACAAAUGCAGUGAAAGCUGGACGUUCUCUUCCAAAAAUAGAAAACAAAAGUUCACCAACUAAAGGACAUCCACAAUUACCCCAAGUUUCAAUUGAAGAUUUGAGACCUGAUUUGGGUAUUGGAGGAGGGAUGGAGUUUGAUAUAGAUUUUGAUAAAAAGUUUGGUUUAACAACUCCAAAAUCUAAAGUUUCUGAUAUUUCAUUUACAACAUCCUCACUUUGUGAUCAAUUAUUAGAUGCUCAAUUACAACAAAUAAUUAUUGGGAAAUGUGAUAAAUUAGCUUGGAGAGCAUCAGAAGUUAGAGAACAUUUUCGUCUAGUUUGGCAGAGAGAAGGAUUUUUAUUAAAACAUUUAUUUCCUUUAUUUAAUGAAAAAGAUGAGGGAUUUUGUUUUGGAAAUUUGCCUUCUAUUGACUCGCUUUUUAUUGAAACGGUGCUGGUUGAGCCUUCUCGUUUUCGCCCAAUUCGUUAUCUCAAUUCUGAAAAAUUUGAACAUUCUGUUACUUCUAAUUUAAGAAAACUUUUGGAAGCUAGUCAACUUAUUUUACUCAUCAAAAUGUAUAUAAAAACUGAUGGUAAAGAUAGUGGAAUUGCUGCAAAGGAAAUGAUUGAAAGUCGUGUACCAGGCAAAACAAUGAAUGAAAAACUUCAUAAUGCCUAUUUAGAAUUACAAAUGCGUGCAAAUGUAUUGUAUGACAAAGAUGCUAAUAGAUUGGACACAUCUGCUGGACAAGUUGGUUUAAGGCAAACAUUGGAAAAGAAAGAGGGACUUUUUCGAAUGCAUAUGAUGGGUAAACGUGUAAAUUAUGCUUGCCGUUCAGUUAUUACCCCAGACCCUUAUUUGGAUAUUGAUGAAAUUGGAAUACCUGAAUUAUUUGCAAGAAAGUUAACAUUUCCAGAGGCUUUGAAUGAUAGAAAUAUUUAUGCAAUGAAAGAAUUAGUUAAAAGAGGUCCUGAUAAACAUCCGGGAGCAAGUUUUAUUGAGGUAUCUGGAAAGCUUGGAAAGCCACCAAUGAGAUUAAUGCUAAAAUCUGGCCCAACUUUUGACAGAGAUCGAGGCUUUUAUUCUUCUCGACUUCAUGCUGGGAAUACUCAUAGUGUCCAUUCAAUGCCUGACGUUGUAUUACGGAGCCUUCAGAACGGCGAUAGAAUGUUAAUGAAUCGACAGCCUACUCUGCACAAACCUUCAAUAAUGGGUCAUCGAGUUCGUGUCUUACAUUCACAAAAAGCAUUAAGAAUGAAUUAUGCCCCUUGCAAAGCUUAUAACGCUGACUUUGACGGCGACGAAAUGAAUGGACAUUUUGUCCAAAAUCGUGUAGCACAAAGUGAAAUUGCUGAAUUAGCCGGUGUUGGGAGUAACUUUUUGGUUCCAAAAGAUGGCACUCCAAUCCUUGGACUUAUUCAAGAUCAUGUUGUUUCUGGUGUCUUGAUGACUCUUAGAGGACAAUUCUUUAAUAAAGAAGAUUUUAUGCAUCUUAUUCUCUCUGCAUUUUCUCAAUAUACAGAAUAUUUGUCAAUUCCGCCUCCGACAAUUAUUAAACCUCAAAAAUUGUGGAGUGGAAAACAGGUCAUAACAGCAAUUAUACAAAAUUGUUGCCCGUCUGAUAAACCCCAAAUAAAUUUAUCUGGAAAAGCAAAAACUCCCCUUACUUGUUGGAAAGCUAGAGAUCCAUUUACUGGAGAGGAAAUGAAUACACCAUCUUUUGAAAUGAGUGAAUCUAAUGUUAUUAUACGGAGAGGACAACUUCUUUGUGGCGUUUUAGAUAAAGCUCAUUAUGGAACAACACAAUUUGGAUUAAUUCAUUGCGUUUUCGAAUUGUAUGGACCCAAAGUUGCUAUAAAAAUGUUGAGCUGUUUUUCAAGAGUAUUUACCACUCAUUUACAGUUUCAUGGCUUUUCACUUGGCGUUUCUGAUAUUUUGGUUACCAAAAAAGCUGAUGCUCAAAGGAAGUCUUUAAUUGAAGAAUUGAGAUUCUGCGGGAAUUCUGUUGUUCAAAAAGCCUUUUCCUUACCAGAAGAUACUUCAUUUGAUAAAAUUAGAUAUACAUUGGCAUCAACUUAUAACCACCCAAGAGAUCGAGAAAUGGUUAAAAUGGUUGAUUUUUCAAUGAAGCAAGCAAUAAAUAAAUAUGCAGAACAAAUUAAUAGGUUUAUCUUGUUUUUAAAUAUCUUUUGGGGGAGGGGGAGACAUUCGGAACUUAAGCCCGUUGAUUUUAUUGCGGACGAUUCUCAUUAA